AUAUUUACAUCAGAAAGAUAUGGAUGAUAAUAUAAUGAGCUCAUUUAAAAGCCCAAUAAAUCAUGAGAAUGUAAACAGUUCCACGCCUCGUGUAGUCAUCACCUCACCAGGACCAACAGGCUGUUUAAUCAAUUCUUCUCAAACCAAAUCAUCAACUCCCGCUGUCAGUUUCGGUGGCUGUCGGAGGAAGCUGGAGUAUGACUAUAUCUGGUCACAGAUUGACAGUCUGUGUAAUACCAGCGCCCACAUCCAGAAUUCUUUUUUAGAGGUUUUCGGCAAAAAAACUGACAUCUCAUAUGGAGCUAAGGCUAAAAGUGAGUUUGAUAACGACAUGGACACACUCAUAGAGCGUCUUGAGAAAGUUUGUAAACUGCUGAAGGAGGACGACGUUGCUCAUCGCAGUCUUGCUGUUGUUCUAUACGAAUCGUCAGUAGCAGCAUACAAUGAAACCGACACAAGUAAACUCUCUGAUGCCAGCUUCAGUGAUAGUUUCGAGAUCAUCAACACGUCACGAACGGACCUGGACCUGUCAAUAGAAGAGUCGAUUUUAAUAGAACAGAGGAUGAAUCCUGCUAAAAGGAGGAGGAUCUCAUUCAGUACCGACUACUCUGUACCACCGUCAGAAUCUCCUUCAACCUCACCAGACCAGUUUAAAUCAAAGCCAGUUGUCCGGUUCACCACUCCACAGCCCACCGUCAGGCGCAGCACUGAGAGCCACAUGAGCAUCGCUAAAAUGGCCCUUUCUGAGGCUAGGAAAGGCGGACAUCACGUGACAUCGUUAAAGGACUUUAUCGUUAUUAAACCUAUCAGUAAAGGAGCGUACGGCAAAGUUUACCUUGCACGACGAAGAAAUACAAAAGAGCACUAUGCUGUUAAGGUCAUGAAGAAGGAAGAUUUGAUCAGGAAGAACAUGGUGGACCAAGUAGUGACGGAGAGGGACGCUCUAGCCCUCGCUAAAUCUCCCUUCAUUGUCAAGCUCUUCUACUCGUUCCAGAGUAAACAAGAAGUUUAUUUUGUGAUGGAGUAUCUGAUAGGAGGGGACCUCUGUUCUUUCCUAAGUUACGUUGGGUGUCUGGAAGAAGAUCACGCAAUAGUGUACGUAGCAGAAAUAGCCCUGGCUCUCUGUUACCUCCACACUCACGGCAUUAUCCACAAGGACAUCAAACCUGAGAACAUGCUUAUCGACCGUGCGGGCCAUGUUAAACUCACCGACUUCGGCCUCUCCUCCAUCAGACUCCAGCGGAAAUUAACAAUAAGUGACCUGGUGUACAGCCCCUACACGCGAUACAGUCCCUCACGGAACUGGCGAACUCCCGGACAGUUAGCUUCCUUGACCACCAAGAUAGCGUUUAAAAGUCCGGGUCCUGUCAGCUCACCUUUUUUGUCGUCCCCCACAGCCAGUAUAGCUACUCCAAUUACUCGGAGGAAGAGAUUUGUUCCUAAACGGUGCUCCUUCGGUAACCUCUCCAAUAACAGUCUUAACAUCACCAAAUCUCCCACACGUUUGAGUGUAGUUAAAUCGCCUGGCUGUUUGCCAGUUGUGUCGCCUGGCUUUCUGCCAGCCCCCUCGCCUGGCUCUCUGCUGGCUGUCUCUCCUAACACCAGUCUCAUGGAUUCCAGCCCGGGUAACUCCUCAAUAGUUUCUCAUUACCGAGACGAAGACAUCUCUUUCGGUGAAAACGACGAUGCUGAUCUCAGUGGUCAUGAUGAAAACUCGGGUUGUCAGAAUGAAGACAAACCAGAUUGUCAGAGCAAUGAAGACAAAUCAAGUUGUCAAAACGACGACAAGUUGUCAAAACGACGACAACUUUGUCAGGACAACGAUGACAAGUCAGGUAGUGACGACAGAUCGGAAUCAGGCUGCGCUGAAGUACGUCAAGAUGUGUCACGUGUCAUCGGCACGCCUGACUACAUUCCACCGGAGCUGUUGUUACACAAGACCCACACCAUAGCUGCAGACUGGUGGUCAUUAGGCGCGUGUUUCUACGAGAUGUUAGCCGGUGUGCCUCCUUUUCAUGACUCUAAUGUUCCUGAUAUCUUUAGGAAUAUUCUUAAUCUGGAUUUGGAGUGGCCGGAAGAUAUGUCUACCAAUGCCAGGGAAGCUAUAGAGUUGCUCCUGAAAAGUGAGCCACAUCAGCGGGCAGGUCUUGAUGAACUUAAAGAGCACAUUUUCUUUGAAAACAUAGACUGGGAAAAUAUGUUAGGAAUGGAGAUGCCGUUUGUUCCUGAGCCUGAAAAUGAUACUGAUACGGGCUAUUUUGAGGGACAUAACUCUGCUUUUAACAUUAAGCUCAGUGACUUUGAUGGGUGCACUCUGGUGCGUGAGUAAAUUGUGAUUAAGAGUUAGAUAAUAUUAUGUAGUUAUAGUUUGGGCUCCAGAUUUAUGCAGAAUUUAAAGUUUAAGAUUUGAUCUAUUUUUAGUAAUUUAAAUUCGAGGGGUACAUUUCCACCCAAUUAUAAACGGUCGUUUGGAGUUGUUUUGUCGUGGCGCGGAGUCGUUUUCUGUGGACUUAAUCGCGCGCUUAGAAAGUCCGCAAAAUUUGAAUUGACGUCAAUUCAAAUUAGUCGCGACGUAGGUGAAUGACAUGACCCAUAACAAAGGAGUAAUUGAGCUGAUAUAGACCACUUAUUUCUGUUUUCAUUCAAUCUUUUCAUUUUCCGAAGGAUUUGUCAAGUUGUGUCGUAUCCCAUUUCUUGUCCUAUGAUUCAAAAACUGAAAAUGAUUUUUCCAUUUAUUCGGCGAUUUUGACUUCCAAUACUUCAAAUUGUUCUCAUACAAUCCUCUGUUUACUGAUUAAUUGGUCAUUUGAUAAAAUAUUUGAAAAUGGGACAGAAUUUGUAAAAUAUGAAUUUUCGUUUUGUUAAGAUUUCUGCAGUGAGGUUCCUCCGACCGGAAUCAAACUUAUAGCACCCCAAUCGUAUCAUUUGCCAUCUAUAGUUGACUGAAUAAUUGGUUUCGGGUGAGAAAUUCAGUCAAAACUGUAAAAUUUCGUUCCUGGAAGUUUCAUCUUCAAAAACUGAAAAUGGGACAGAGAAUGGGACAAUAUGAUUUUUCAAUUUUCUUGGGGAUUUUGACUUCCAGUGCCUCAAUUUGGUUUCAAACCAUCAUCAAUUAACUGACUAAUUAGUCUCUGAGCAAAAGAUCCACCCAAUCUGUCAAAUUUGUGUUCAGAAAAUUUCAUAUUUGAAAAUGGGACAGGAUUUGUAAAAUAUGGAUUUUCGUUUUGUUAAGAUUUCUGCAGUGAAGUUCCUCCGACCGAAAUCAAACUUCUAGCACCCCAAUCGUGUCAUUUGCCAUCUAUAGUUGACUGACUAAUUGGUUUUGGGAGACAAAUUUAGUCAAAACUGUAAAAUUUCGGUCCUGGAAGUUUCAUCUUCAAAAACUGAAAAUGGGACAGAUAAUGGGACAAUAUGAUUUUUCAAUUUUCUUGGGAUCUUGACUUCCAGUGCCUCAAUUUGGUUUCAAACCAUCAUCAAUUAACUGACUAAUUGGUCUCUGAGCAAAAGAUCCACCCAAUCUGUCAAAUUUGUGUUCAGAAAAUUUCAUAUUUGAAAAUGGG